AUGACCUCAGAGAUAAAUUACGAAAAACUCUGGCCGUUAGACUCUUCUUGUUUCAUCCAUGGUGAUGUUAGAGUAGAAGACGACAUCAGCAAUGCAGUUGACUUUACAGUCAAGCGUUUCGGGACACUUGACAUACUCAUCAACAACGCAGGACUAAGCGGAGCACCGUGCCCCUACAUCCGUAACAACAGUCUAAGUGAGUUCAACACGGUCUUUGACGUGAACGUGAAAGGAGCUUUCCUAGGGAUGAAACACGCAGCUCGUGUAAUGAUCCCGGCCAAGAAAGGGUCUAUAGUGUCUUUAUGUAGCGUUGGUGGUGUUGUGGGAGGCAUUGGUCCGCAUGCUUACGUUGGUUCGAAGCAUGCCGUUGUAGAUAUGACUAGGAGCAUUGCGGCUGAGCUUGGACAACAUGGGAUACGUGUGAACUGCGUUUAG